AUGACGAGGCUGGCUGGAUGUACGGAUGGCAUGGGCGCGCCCCGGAGGCUUGGCAAGAUUACCCGCGCUGCGGCUAUCGUCGAUAGCUUGAAAGACGGGAUAACCAACCCGCAGGCUCCUCCAGACGACCCAGACGCGGGCGUGCGGAAGAUACCUGCGUAUCACAACGGCAGGGUCGAAACCGUAGUUCUGCGGUUAGAACGCGCAGACGACGGGCGCCAAAGAUGGAGCUACGCGUUGCGUGUAGCUUGUGUGCCGGAGUCGACAGUUGGUUGGGAUGUGCAUCACGAAUUGUUCGCCGAGCUAAAAAUAGCGAAGGACUUGUGCUCAAGGACUUCGGGUGGGGAUUCUUACGAUGAGCUCGACAUGGACUGGACCAUACCGGAGAUCCCAACAUCCGUCGAAUCUAUCGAUAUUACUCGGACGUUCUUGGAUAUCGGUAAUCCGAUUUACCAAGACUUCGUGGUCCUUAGGGAGGCUUACGAAGAAUCGCCCCUAGAUUCGAGAUACGUCGCGUUAAGCCACUGCUGGGGUACAGCUCGGGUUAUCACGACCACAAAAGCCAACAUAGGGGACCAUAAGCAUGGUAUAAAGUUCGAGUCCCUACCUCAGACAUUUAAAGAUGCAGUCCAAAUUGUCCAGAAAUUUGGGCUGCGAUAUCUGUGGAUCGACAGCUUAUGCAUCGUACAAGACGACCCGAACGACUGGAAAAGAGAAGCAGCUCGAAUGGCAGAUGUAUAUCGGAACGCAUACUUCGUCCUCGGCGCCACAAGAGGCAAAUCUGAUGCCCAAGGAUUUCUCAGGCCCAGGCUAAAAGCACCAGGAUCUGCCGUGCUCGGCGACUUUACUUUUUCCCCCCUACCCCCUUUACCCCGCCGAUGGACCACGGGCGUCGACAUGAUGAGAGACGAACCCCUGAGCGACAGAGCGUGGUGUCUCCAGGAGAGAUACCUCGUGCGGCGCAUGUUGAUGUACGGGAGCACGCAAGCAGCGUGGGAACGCGCAGAACUGCGCGCGAGCGAGGAUGGAGAGUCGAUCUACGAAGAAGGAGAUCAGCUGUCACGCAUACUGCAGACAGCUAACACCGGCAUAUCUGUUUUCGGCGAUAUUCUACCUACCCCGUGGAACAAGGACCUCCUCCCGCGGCGGCGUGAGACGGCCGUUAGGUACGCCGAUUGGUAUCGCAUGAUAGAGCAGUACACUACGCGAAACAUAACCAAGGAAAAGGACCGAUUGCCCGCCUUGUUAGGUGUAGCUAAUGCACUUGGUGCAAUCACCGGCGAUGAUUAUGUAGCAGGUAUUUGGCUUGGCGGCUCACUUGAAGGAUUGACCUGGUGUGCUGCGAAUAGGGAUGGGCUAGACCGUCCUCAAGCUAGGACCGGUCCGUCGUGGUCCUGGGUUUCCGUUAAAGGGCCGGUACAAUUCCCUAUCUACUCAUGGUACGAUUAUAGUGAAGGUUGGGAAUUUGGGUCAGUAAGAUUCGAGCCUCUAGCUAAAUAUAUCGAACAUUCUCUAGCCGACAGCACGUUACAUCUAGUAGCCCCAAUUGUAGCAGUUACAGGACAUCUCCCAAGGCCGACAAUACAGCCCGCGGACACAGAGAGAUGGUUACCAGAGCCCCAAUUCUCUCCGGCUACCGAUACUGUCUUCAGCUUUCGGCACCAGUCCGAGGAGUAUUGGGUAGAAGGGGCAUUUGGUAUCAAGCAAAGACAUGGUCCCGAAUACUCACUGUUUGGGAUAUUCCUCGUCAGAGUUCCGUUUCAUCUCGGAGAAGAACGAUUCGAUCGUCGUUUGGGUCUUGUUCUGAAAAUGACAGGAAAUGCUUACGAGAGGGUUUGCUUUGUCGACAGCUACAUUCUCAAACCCGAUAUCACUGAUGAUGGGCAUCGAUUCUCGAAUCUUUCCACAGACAUUCAUGUCUUUAGAUCUCUAAAGGUAGCCGAACUUAGUGAUACUGAACCAAGUAAUACGGAAGACACCCUUCGUUUGGAUCGAGUCCAGGUCAUCUUAAAGUAGAUAGGGUACCUAUGUACUAGCUAUUUCAGAAAUAAGGGAGUUUACUGAUAGCAUUUGUCACCUAAAACUUUGUUUAUUCUCUGAGAAGUAUGAAAAAAGAUAAUAGCUAGCUGCCUACCUACCUACCUACCUAGAUAGUCUUCUUCUAGUCUUAUAAAGAAACUGGACUUUGGCAGAAAACUACAAAAAGAACUCCGAAUCGGGGAAUCGAACCCCGGGCUUGGCGGGUCACUGGACAAGAAGUGAGAGCACCAAAUGUUAGCCACUACACCAAUUCGGACUCUGGGUGACCGAUGGUUCCGACAUCUAUGAGAAUAUGAUGAUUGAAGUUAUCAUAUAUGCCCUUAUUUCCUUA